AAUUAUAGACUUAAAAAAUAUUCUUGUCGAAAUUCAGCAAAAGGCAUAGAACUAAUGUCGGAUGCUAUAUUUCAAAAGAGGCAUUUCAAACACGAAAGAAGUGAACAAAUUUGUAAGAGAAGAGACUUACGACAAAUAAGAGAAUUAAUACGAGUAGAAAAUUUGAGGAAAGGUCGUAAUAAGCACCAUUCACAGAAAUCUAAUGACAAUAAUAAGGAAGAAUUGACAACUUUAUUGCCGAGUCCAUCGAACAUCAAAUCAAUUGAAAUUACAAACAAACUACCGGUAUCUGCAUUUGGCAUUAAUUUAUAUAGAUUGACAUGUUAGUGCUUACCCAUAUUAUUUAUUAAAGACUUGUUAAACUUAAAAUGUUAUGUUGGUUAUGUUUAUAAGUUUUAAAGUAUCCCAUGGUCAAGUAUAGCUAAUAUCGAUUUAACUCAUAAAAGAGAACAAAUACAAAUAAUCUACAGCAAUUACUAAAUUUAACAUUUUAAGAAUAAUUAUAUACCAUGUACAGUGUCUAAAAAGCUAAUUACCUAUUGUCAAUAACAAAUCACAAGUAGUAUAAAUGUACAACCUACUUUAAUUUAAUAUACAUUAUUUUUAAAUGAUUUCAUUAAAGCUGAAGAAAUAUUAAGCAAAUACUGCAAAAAAAAACUUUUGAAAAUAAACUACUUUAAACAGCACAAUACUAAUGGCUUAUUAAUUAUAUUCAACAGAUAUAGAGAGUUCAAUGCUUUUAAAUACUACACAGGUUUUUCUUUUAUUUCAAUCACUUUUUGGUGAUAAGUGUUAGUAUAAUAUAUGAACUAUUGUCUGUUAUUAUGUCUCCAGACUCGAGAAAG